GAAUGCAACGUUAUCCGCUUCCAAUCUCGCCGUCUCGCGUCCAUCUUCUCUCUCGUCCUCUCCAUCCAAGCCACCAAAAAUUCUCACCGGGACACAAGAACGGCGGUGCUCACGCAAGACCGAUCGAGCUGCAGCUCCAGAGCUAUGCAGCACAUAAUCAGCGCGUGCAAGCCGCGUCACUCGCAACCGGCAGCCGCGCUCCUGCCGCCCAGGCCAUUGCUCAGACGAGCAGCGUUCCUCUGCCUUCCAGUCCGAGCAAGGGAGGCAACGUCGCCAUUGGUGGUCAGGAGGAGAUGCCAGGAAGAGGGGAAGCGGCAGCAGCAAGAAGGGGAAGAGGAAGGGCAGAGGAGAAGCUUCCUUAGCCUGGAGGAGGCCGGGCUGGUGGAGAUGUCUGGCCUCAGCACGCACGAGCGUUUCCUCUGCCGCCUAACCAUAUCGUCUCUGAAUCUGUUGAGAGUGAUAUCGGAGCAGGAAGGCGUCCCGAUAGAGAAGCUCAACGCGGGCCGCGUCUGUGACUGGUUCUUGAAGGACAAGCUCAAGAGGGAGCAGAACGUGGGCUCUGCCGUCCUGCAAUGGGAUGACCAUGGCUUCUAGCUUCAUCCCAAGCUCGACAAUCUUUUCAUCUAAGCCUCAGCACGUAGUUUCCAUCCUGAAACAUACAAUCGGAGAGUGCACCAUGCAAGCAGGGUCGUGCGAUGAUGCUCGAUCGUCUUGCUGGUUUCUGUUGUAGCAGAUGAAGAGGGUUCGUCCUGUCAGUUUUUUUGCUGACCUGUUCACUUAUUCAGUCCUCAUCUCUACUCUGUAGUACGUAGCAUCGUCAUGCCUGAAGUGAGUUACAUUUGCACCUUGCAGUGUGAGUGCAUGAUUGGUGUAUGCGAUACUUCCCAUGCUUCAUGCCCUCUUUGGGUGAGCAACCAAAACUAGAGUCACUAAUAUUUUACGAGUUGUGAGCUAUCAAGAAUGGAUGAAUGGAUCGCGUCCAGUUUAAUUGCA